AUGGCAACCGUUAAAACUUUCAUCUCCUUCGCAACACGGACCGCAAGAGACAUCGUUCGAAGGUCUUUAGAGCCAUUUCCUCUGGGCCUAACAAGUCAGAACCUCUAUAAAACAAUCCAUAAACAAUUUCCAGACGCGAAGGAAAACCCCGACUUUCUCCCCCCGUCCACCAAAUUAAUUGAACAAGGUGCCCCUCCAAAGCACCUGGAUAUACCCCAUUAUGAUCAUCCUAUACGUUCAAUGAAUUUCAUGAAGAAAGUGGUUCUCGAACAAAUGCUAGAAAGGGACGAGGUCGAAUAUAUCUACGUCAAGAAGGAACCUAGUCCCGACCGUGAUGGAACCAGAAGCAGAGUCAAAGUUGUUGCCGGAAAGAGGAAGAACGAGAUAUUCGAACAUGUUCUCAAUGCACUUGACUCUCAAGUCAAGGAAGAGUGGCGCUGGAGGCUCGUAGAAGGACAUCAAUUCGUGGAUACGCCCGAUCCUUCCCCGCUCAUGGUGAGAGAUGUACAGUCUCAGACGAGAUUCACCGGUUAUCCGCACGGCAAGUCAAAACGACGAACCAGGGCAGCCUAUGUGCCUCCUCAUGACAGGGCCUUUGGUUUGCCUCACGUCGUUCAAUCCCAACACCAUCAGACAGCUACUACCCCUCCCCCAAGGCUCGAAAGAAAAUGAGAACCGAGAUAUAAAUCGAGUACUUGAUUCGUAUUAACAAGUCUAAAUCUCAACGCAGUAAUCCCUUGGAUUCUGUCUAAUGUCUACCUCACUGUUUCUGCGAGCCAUACACUUCAGCACAUCUCUUUUCGAAUGCGUUCACCAUCUGUUUUGAGACUUGAGAAAAGAAAGC